AUGGGGUGCGGACUUAGAAAGCUGGAAGACCCUGAUGAUAGCAGCCCUGGAAAAAUAUUUUCUACCCUGAAGAGACCGCAAGUGGAAACAAAGACAGAAUUUGCUUACGAAUAUGUAUUGCUGGAUUUCACGUUACAAGCUUCACAAAACCCAGAAGUCAUCAAGAUAAACUCAAUUCUGGAUAUAGUAACAAAAGUUCAAGACUAUUACCUUAAAGGAUAUAUUGUUGGGGCUAUUCAUCCUGUUAUACAGCAUGUGGGGCCACGAAAACACCUACCUGCAAGUUACCUGUAUAGGGUGGUGCUAUGGCGCCUGAAGUUGAGCUCAAAACAUUCAUCAACACUUGGUGGACAAAGAAGAGCAAUGCUUGUAAUAGAAGAAUUUCCCAUAACUGAGGAAAUCCAAACAAAUGAUGUUGCAAAAGAACUGAUAGAAAAGCUUAAUGUAGCUGCUAAAAGAGGAAUGAAGUUUGUUGGAUUCAUAUCACAGCAUUGUCCACCAUCUAAAUUCUGCAAUGGAAACAACCUUGAUGGAACUAUAGAAUCAGAAACAAUACUAUCUGUGAGACACAGUUUACAUGAAAACUGUAAAAGUUGCAAUGAAGGAACAUUAAGUGGGCAAUCGUCUGAAAGUGGAAUUGAAGAGGAACUUCAUCCGGAAAGUAGACCAUCUCAGAUGGGACAAGAUAGCAGCCCUAGUUUCUCUAAAUCAAUAAAGGAAGAAGCCUCAGAUAACAAGUUGUAUGCUGUUUUCAAUGUGUUUGAUGAUGAAUCAACCUCCUGUACCUAUCAAGAAGGCCUCCUGUCAAUGAAAGUAACGAGAAAAGGAGCAGUCAUUUGUACACUCGAUGCUGAUUGGCUGGAGUUAACUACAUUUUAUUAUAAGCAAGGCUUGUCUCUAAUUGAUUCUUUUGUAUGCUGGGAAGCAUCUAAAGGGGACCACCUGCCCAAAUCUUUGGAAGGAUUAUUUAUCUAUGAAGAGGAAGGUUCUAGAGUUCCAGGUUCUAGUAAGAAAGGAAAUGAUGCCAUUGUAGUAGAACAAUGGACCGUUAUUGAGGGAUGUGACAUCAAAACGGAUUAUGGCCCUCUGCUGCACACUCUGGCAGAGUUCGGAUGGCUUCUGACAAGUGUGUUGCCUACACCUGUACUGAAACAUGACAGUGAAGGGAAUUUGGCCACAAAGCAAGUGGUAUUUCUUCAGAGGCCAAUGACGGGUAAUUCCGCUGCUCAAACACCAGAGAGGAAAGGCAGCCACCACAUAAAAGGUGAAGACAAGAACAAAGUAACCAGUAGGAGUGUUGGACUGGACACGGCCAAGUCACAGCCUACAGAAAGCAGAGCCCUACCAGAGGAGGGCCUCUUCUCCACUUCCAGAGAAGGUUGGAUGAAGGAGGGGAGGGCUACGCAGUGCAGCAGCCUUUCUGGGUUCAGCAGCAACGACAGUGUCCUGCGGGAAUUGGACGAUGGACAGUUUGAUCAGGAAGAUGGAGCAACUCAGGUCACAUGCAUGUGA